AUGGCACAACCGGGUUGUAGCUCGGUGCGGAAAUGUUCAUUGGCCGGAGGGCUGGAAGUGCGAAUGCGUCAAACAUUGGAAUAUGUUCAUUGGUCGAUGACUGGAGAGUGGCUGAGGCGCAAGAUGUUCAUUGGUGUGGAUACUCUGCUCAUGUGUGUGAAGGGGGUUGAAGUGUACUAUAUUGUGUGUGAGGGGGUGGAAGCGUACUAUAUUGUGUGUGAGCGGGUGGAAGCGUACUAUAUUGUGUACGGGUUCUUGUUUCUACGUGUGGCUAUUAUCAACAGCACACUCGCAGUAUUCCUCUUCACCGUAUACUUUCUCAGUAUUGUAGAUAUGCCAAAAGAAAUAUUUAUACCACCAAAGAUGAUCCCAAGAGACAACACAAAAUAUGUGGCAUCUUUAUGCAAUGAAACCUUCAAUGCAACGUUCGAAGAUAAUCUAAAGGUCAUACAGAAUUACCCACAUGGAAAAGCCGACGACUUCAUGUGGAAAAUUGGCAAGAACAAGUCUUCGCCCUCGGAAAUACGGGACUUACCCGUGUUUGUGACCGCUUUUGACAGAGCGUAUUAUCCACAAUCACAAGGACUAUUUUAUACCCUGCACCGGAAGUUCUUGAGUAACCCGAAGUAUGCGUCUCAGUUCAAGCUGAUUGUGUAUGAUAUGGGCAUGUCCAUCCGCCAGUUAAAAGUGCUGAAAGCCAAAUGUCGCUGUGAGCUCCGCCGCUUCCCGUUUGAAGAUUUUCCCGAACAUGUGAGACAACUAAGGACGUACGCCUUUAAGCCGAUUAUUGUACAGCAAGUAUUAUUAGAGUACGGCUUUGUCUGGUGGGUGGAUAGCUCCGUAAGAUUCACCGAGAGUAGCGCUGAUCCGGCUAUUCGCCAUGCAAGGGAGACAGGCAUGUUCUACACAGUUUCCUCCUCACCAAGAGAAGAGAUACCGCUAACACUUCAGACAGACGUACGGACAUUCGAGUUUCUUGGGGAGGACAGAUGUAAAUUUAGACCUUUUGGAGAAACGUGGGCAACAACUGUCAUGUUUUAUUUCAAUGAAGCAUCAAAGCAUGUUGUGAAAGCAUGGACGAUAUGUGCUUUGAAUAAAGAUUGUAUGGCGCCAAAUGGAACUGAAAAGAAAAUAAUAUGUGAUAUGAAUGUAAAACAAGAUGGCCGCUGCCAUCGGUUUGACCAAUCAGUGCUUGGAAUACUUACAAGAAGACUUUACCAUGAACAGAAUCAGUAUCCGUUUGACGGUACAAUCAACGAUGUGUAUGAGAUAAAACGUGGCGAUAUGGUCAGUUAUUUCGAAUCUUGCAGAAUCGCGAUCAGGUGCAUGUAG